ACCACUAGUCCGCAGCUUGCCUUCUGCUCCCUUCAUACACGAACUCUUGCGCAUGGCCUCGCGAUAACCCGAAAUCAGAAACUCAGCCCAUACACUCCCUCCGGCCCGCCUACUAUGCAUGCCGUUCACCCACCUCCGAUGUUCAGCUGGCCGAGGAUAUCAAGCUUCUUGACUAGUAUCCUUGUAGCGCUGGCGUCUGGAACGAACUAUGUCUUCUCAGCAUAUGGGCCGCAGCUUGGGGCGCGUUUGCAGCUAACGCACACCCAGAUUAAUAUCAUCGGCCUGUCCGGAAAUAUCGGUGUAUAUGGGACGGCACCAAUAUGGGGCGGACUCGUCGAUCGACGAGGUCCUCGGGCACCGAUGAUCAUAGCAUUCUUCGCGCUCCUCAUAGGGUAUCUAGGGAUUCGCCAGUUCUACACAGACGGCCUGCCGGAGGGCGUCAGCGAGAUCAGCACUCUGUCGUUAUGCCUCCUAGUAUUUUGUGGCUUCCUCACAGGUGUCGGCGGUAACGGCGGACUGGUCGGGGCGAUGAAUGCAACCGCGAAGAGCUUCCCUGACAAGACGCGUGCCACUGCCAACGGAAUUGUGAUCUCUGGGUUCGGCCUCUCUGCGUUUCUGUUUUCCACUGCUGCGCACACAUUCUUCCCUGGAAACACAUCGUCGUUCCUAUUUGUGCUCGCUAUCGGCACCUCACUGCCUAUGAUCCUUGGGUUCCUGUUCAUCCGUCCAAUCCCGCCGCCGCAUGCCGAUUCUACUGGAAGGCUGGAAGACGGGAGCACAGACAGUCCUACGGAUUACGGCGCGGGCGAGGGCGUGCUAGGCACCAAUUCGCCCACUACCUACUCUCACGACAAUACCAGCCACACGCACCUCCUUGCGCGCGACGUCGACGAGGACGAAGACGAGCAGGUACGGGAACCGCCUAUCGAACUAGAAGAGGAAGAGCCCCUCGUGUCGUCGUCUGCGCACGAACAGUUCCCUUCAGACUACGUCGUCCCUGGUCAGGUGGACUCCCUUGCGCUGAGCCCUUCCCGGGAAGGCUUCGCUCGCCACCGUGCUCACGGCGCACGUUCGACUUCCCGGAGAAGCGCGCGGAGUCGCGUGGAUAUCGCCCAGGAUGGUCAACGCAACAUCCAUGGCAAGCGUCUCUUUAAGACCGCCGACUUCUGGCUCUUGUUCACGAUUUGCUCUUUAUUGAGCGGCACUGGUAUUAUGUACAUCAACAACGUCGGUGCCAUCUCGCAGGCCUUGUUCGCGAACAACAAUCCGGAUUAUGAUGAGGUAAAGGCCGCGCAGUGGCAAGCCACGCAAGUCUCGACCGUGAGCAUCAUGAACUGCCUCGGACGUAUCACCAUAGGUGUAAUCGCGGACUUCACGAAGGGCAAGCUGAGACUUCCGCGCUCGUACUGCAUGGUCAUUGUGGCGACGUUGUUCAUCAUCUCGCAAGUGAUGACCUUCUCCAUCGAGAGCAUCAGCAACCUUUGGAAGGCGAGCGCGCUCCUCGGGUUUGCGUAUGGGGGCCUGUUCGGUCUCUUCCCGACACUCGUCAUCGAGUGGUUCGGUUUGGCGCACUUCUCGGAGAACUGGGGCUUCGUCUCGCUCUCCCCCAUGCUCGGCGGAAACAUCUUCUCCAUCGCGUUCGGGCGCAACCUCGAUUCGCAUAGCGACGACGAAGCGUCACCUGCGAGCAACAGCACCAUGUCCGCGCUCACCUCUCUCGCUGCCAACGUCACCGCUUCUGUGUUGCCUAGCAGUGAAAGUUCGAUUCAAGCGCGCGGCGGACUCCCGUCAGCACACCACUGCAUCAUCGGCCGCGAGUGCUACCGGGACAGCAUUAAGCUGACGAUGGUCGCGUGCACUGUCGCGCUUGGGCUGGGCAUCUAUGCGGGGUGGCGGGACACGAAGAGACAGCGGCGGUAUGCGGCUAGGGCAGACGUUCCUGCGGUGGUCAUUUGGGAGGAUGAGGAGUAAGGGGAUGGGGUGGGGUAGACUCGCGGCGCGAGGGUGAUCUUAGACUACUUUCUUGCUGCGCUCGAAUAGACUAUCUUGUAUUGUAGAUAACGGGGUAGCGGAUGGCCGCUGGGACUCUGG